AACAGCUUUUUUUUUGAAGAGAAAGAUGACGUCGACACUGUUGUUGUUGUUGUUGUCUAAUAGAGCCUGAUAGGAUUUAUCAAAUCCCACCAAAAAAAUACAAAAAAAAACUCAUUUCAUUCAAUACUCACUCUCUAUCUCUCUCUCUCCCUAUUUUCGUACAUUUAUUAUCACUCAAAAAACAAACAAAAUACACAAAACACACAUCAUAUUAGAAAAAAUCGACCGCUGAUCGAACCUACAAUGUCAUCAACAACAGUAUUGUGGCAAUAGCCAAUUCGAAUUGAUUCGAAAUUUUUCCUCGAAGGAGAGAGAAAGAGAGUGAUUCUAGAGUUAUUUUAAAACAUCUCGUUUUUUUUUGUUUAUAAAAAUUUUGUUUUCAAAUUUUUAGAAAAUACCUCAAAAUUCAUUAAUCAAUAAUGUCCAAUAAUAAUUCAUCAUCAUCGAAACCUUCGGGUGCUACCAUUAUUACCGGUCCAUCACCACCAACAACAACACAACCAUCAAAAAAUUUUCAAAAAACAAUCAAAGGAAUUGUUGCAGGUGGUAUUACCGGUGGAAUUGAAAUUUGUAUAACAUUCCCAACAGAAUAUGUUAAAACACAGCUACAAUUAGAUGAAAGAAGUGCUAAACCACGUUAUAAUGGUAUUGCUGAUGUUGUUAGACAAACAGUACGUUCACAUGGUUUUUUUGGUCUUUAUCGUGGUCUUAGUGUAUUAGUUUAUGGUUCCAUUCCAAAAUCAGCUGUCAGAUUUGGUGCAUUUGAAGAAUUUAAAAAACGUAGUGUUGAUGAAAAAGGAAAUCUAUCAAUAUCGAAUCGUUUACUUUGUGGUUUAGGUGCUGGUGUUUGUGAAGCAAUAUUUGCCGUAACACCAAUGGAAACUGUUAAAGUAAAAUUUAUUAAUGACCAAAAUAGUACGAAUCCAAAAUUUCGUGGUUUUUUUCAUGGUGUACGAGAAAUUGUUCGUCAUGAAGGUAUUCGUGGUACAUAUCAAGGUUUAACGGCAACAAUUAUGAAACAAGGAUCAAAUCAAGCAAUCAGAUUUUUUGUUAUGGAAACAUUAAAAGAUUGGUAUCGUGGUGGUGAUCCAAAUAAAAAAGUAAAUAAACUUGUUACCGGUUUAUUUGGUGCAUUUGCUGGUGCUGCAUCCGUAUUUGGUAAUACACCUAUUGAUGUUGUUAAAACACGAAUGCAAGGUCUUGAAGCAAAAAAAUAUAAAGGAACUGUUGAUUGUUUUAUAAAAAUUGCUAAAAAUGAAGGUUUUUUUGCAUUCUAUAAAGGAACAGUACCACGUUUAGGACGUGUUUGUUUAGAUGUUGCAAUUACAUUUAUGAUUUAUGAUAGUUUUAUGGAAUUAUUUAAUACCAUAUGGAAGACACCUUAAUUCAUUCAUCAAUCGAUGAUAAUGAUAACUUCACAAUCAUUUUUUUUAUAUAGAGAAUAUAUUUAUACAGUUUUACUUUUAACAACAACAACAACAACAAAAACAUUGUCUUCU